AUGUCAUCAGUAGACCAUGCCGAUUUCAAGAAACAAGCGGAUAAGGUCAGGAGAUACGAUGAAUUGUGCACCUAUGACGUUCCCCUUAAUUCACCUGGUCUUUAUGCCACUGGAUUUCAAGAAUUUCUUACUUAUGUGUUACCACGCCUUGAGUUACAGUUAGUACUCAUGUUCAGCCUUACUCAAGCUCUCCAUCUGUUGUUCAAGCGGUUCAAUUUUCCAAGAAAUUUUUCUGAAAUCCUGACAGGAAUCAUAAUAGGAAAAACGCUGUUGGGACACAUAGUCGGUUUUGAGAAGCACCAACUGUUGUUUCCGGAUGAUGAUAUUCUUCUUGAGACAUUGAUGAAACUGGGAUUCAUAUUCUACAUGUUUCUAGUUGGAGUGAAGAUGGAUCCAAACCUGGUUCCGAAAGCAGGAAAGAAGGGCUGGUCUAUUGGCGUUUCUGCAGCCGUAUGCCCUUUUAUUGUCAGCAGUAUCCUAGGGAGUCAAAAGCUGUUGGACUAUUAUCUACCAAUUUACAGAAGACCUGCUAUCAGAGCUAUUGUCAAAAUCAUAGGAUUAUCCCCUUUCCCUGUCAUUGUCGCGCUUCUCAUUGAUCUAAAAAUCAUGAAUUCAGAGCUCGGUCGCCUUGCCUUGGCUGCAGGGUUGAUAUGUGAUGUGCUUAAUCUCAUUCAAAUUCUAGGGUCAACUAUUUACAGAAUAUAUUUUUCAGAGUAUGGGAUUCCUGUAGUCAUCCUUACCUUGAUUGAGGCUCUUCUUGUAACAAUUGCUUCAAUCUCCAGUCAUGUACUAUUUUUAAAAAUUAUUCAGUUGACACCUGAAGGAAAGCCUGUCAAGAACUACUAUAUUUCAUUAAUUUGUUCUUGUGUUCUUGUGAGCUCUAUAGCGUGUAAUAAUGUUGGUUUACAAUAUCAUUUCGCCCCCUUUGUGAUCGGCUUGGCUGUGCCUUCAGGACCACCUUUAGGUUCAGCUAUUGCUGAUGCGAUGGACACGUUCAUAUCAGGCUUACUGGCACCGUUCAUUCUCACAUAUUGUGCAAUCAAGAUGGAUUUAGUCGUCUUCUAUGAUCUAUCCUUUCUGAACUCGGUACUCUUUGUCCUUUCUGUUGUUACUGCAUCAAAAAUAGUCGGUGUUUGUGGAGUAGCUAUGGUCAUCGGAGUGCCUAUUAGAGAUGCUGUCAAUCUGUCAAUAAUCAUGGCUACGCAAGGUAUUGUGCAAGGCGCAUUGUAUGAAAGCGUCUACAAACUUCAGAGUAUUGAUCGUGAAAGCUUUACAGUGCUCAUUCUGUCCAUUCUUGUAAUGGCAUUAGUGGCACACCUUUCUGUGGGAUUCCUGAAUGAUUAUUCAAGAGCAUACUCCGGCUAUCAGAAAAGAGACAUUCAACACACUCCAUUCAAUGCUGAGCUACGAAUACUCGCCUGUGCUGACAGACUAGACGAUGCCAUGGCUGUCAUUAGACUUCUAGAGACUUCUAAUCCUUCCAAAGAGAGUCCUCUAGCAAUCUACGUCCUCCACCUUGUGGAGCUCGUGGGGCGAGCCACACCCGUCGUGAUCAACCACCGGUUAGGCCAAAAGAAUGCAAAUAGCCACUCACGCUCGCAUCAACUCAUAGGCCUUUUUGAAAAGUUUGGAUCACAGCGCACUGGAUUUGUCAGUGUCCAAGGGUUCACCGCAAUGUCAUUGCCUCAAUUCAUGCACCAGGACAUUUGCUCCCUCGCGUUUGACAAGUUAGCCUCCUUGAUCAUACUCCCAUUCCACAAGAAAUGGAGCCAACAAGGCAAGAUUAUAUUUGAUAGUAGUCUACGGAGAACAAUAAACAGACAAGUCCUAGAAAUGGCUCCAUGUUCCGUAGGCAUUCUCAUUGACCGUCGCAAAAUCAGACCCCCAGAAGCAUCACAGGACAAGGAAGCAGGCUCUGUAUACCACCUAGGCGUCAUUUUCCUAGGCGGUGCAGAUGACCGUGAAGCAGUAGCCUACGCGAAGAGAAUAAUGGUAAAAGCAGUAGGUUGUUGCCUAACCGUAGUUCGGAUAGUUGCAUCAGAUGCAGUACAAGAGAACCAAUGGAACACAAUUCUUGACACGGAAACAUUAAGGGAAGUGAAGCUGCAAGGAGCAAACCAACACAAUAUACAGUACAGAGAGGUGAAGUCGAAAGACGGGCCAGAGACAGCAUUGUUGAUAAACACAAUGGUGGAAGAUGGUGAAUUUAAUAUGCUAAUGGUGGGGAGGAGGCACAGUGCUAGUUCCCCAUUGCUGACAGGGUUAUCGGAGUGGUGUGACCUCCCGGAGUUGGGAUCAGUAGGAGAUAUUCUGGCGUCUGCAGAGAUUAUCAGACCAGUUUCGGUGUUGGUGAUGCAACAACAAAUUGUGGGAAGAAGAAGGUGAUACUCUGACAGGUAAACAUCCAGAAUUCUUACGGAGAAAUGCACAUUGUUGACGGUGCUGUCGAUAUUAAUGAAUCAAAUGUUUGUCAGCAGUAAAAAGAUUGAAAGAAAGUGAAUG